AUGGCUAAUUCACAAUCUGAUUCUUCAGCAGAUUUCCAACGGCAGAAAACUACAUUCAUUCGAUCGAGAGCUCAUGGAAAGCUCCGGCACUCCUCCCCCUCCUCUUCCUUCUUCUCCGGCACCGCCGCAUCGGCUGGCGGAGGAGUCCACCGCGCGACCCCGCCGUACCCAAAUCGGCAGGCAUUAAAUCACACUGGGAGUGGCGGAGGACGAAUUACAUCAUCUCAUCACCCUAGGCGGCCCAAGCUAUCUUCCUUGGAGAUUCCAGGCAGGUCUUUAGAGAACUCAGCACCUAAUUCAACAAGGAUAAAUAUCGUCCCUUCAGGCACUCCAAGAUCGGCGAGAUCGGGUUUGCCACCCAGGCCUUCUUCAAUGAGAGCGCCACCGACUGCAAAUCCUCUACCACAAUGGAGUUGGAUAAAGAACGAAGCACCUAAAGGAGACAGAACAGCUCUUCUUACUCCAGGGACCCCCUCACAAGAACUGGGGACCUCGACACAAGAACAGCCAAAUAAACCUUCUCCUUCAGUGACAUUCUCUUUAACCAGAGCCCUUUUUACAAAAACAAAAAUGACGAUCUCUUUACCUGCAUCACCUGUUGCAAAUUCAUGCCCUGAAUCUGCACAUGACAGACAUGUGAUUGACCUUCAUGCUUCAGACAAACCUCAAGAACAAAAUCAAAUGACACGCUCACGUUCAGUACCAGGGAAUGCCAAAAGUAGGAGUUUGAGGAUAGUGGAUUCGCCACGUAUGAUCCGUGUAAUUCCAGUAACUCCUCGUCCUGUUCCGGAUGAAAAUGACACGCGAGUUGAAAUCACCGAAGAAGCUAAUGUUGAUGAAGGUGAAGUUGAAGGUGAAGACAUUCCAGAAGAGGAGGCAGUGUGCAGGAUAUGUUUGGUUGAGCUGGGAGAAGGAGGGGAAACUUUGAAGAUGGAGUGUAGCUGCAAAGGAGAACUUGCUCUCGCACACAAAGAAUGCGCAAUAAAAUGGUUUAGCAUUAAGGGAAACAAGAUUUGCGAUGUCUGCAAGCAAGAUGUUCAGAACCUGCCAGUUACAUUGCUGAGGUUACAGAGCACUCAGGUUUCUCAUAGACGGGUUGCUAAUAGGGUUUCACAUGGAGGUGCUCUUCAGUACAGGAUGUGGCAGGAUGUACCCGUACUUGUCAUGGUUAGCAUACUCGCCUAUUUCUGUUUCCUGGAGCAACUUUUGCUAAGUGCAAUGGGUCCCCGUGCUCUUGCUCUAUCUCUGCCUUUUUCCUGUCUGUUGGGGAUUCUCUCAUCCUUGAUAGCAUGCACAAUGGUUACCAGAACAUUCAUUUGGACUUAUGCUUCCUUCCAAUUCGCAAUUGUUGUCUUAUUUGGUCACAUUUUCUACACUGUACUUAAAAUUGUUUCCGUGUUCUCCAUUCUACUUUCUUCGUUCAGUGGGUUCGGUGUAACAGUAGGCGGAAAUACUUUGUUUGUUGAGUAUUUGAGAUGGAGAGAUAGGAGAAACAAUCGACAUGAAAGAAGGCAGAACAAUAAUGGUUCGCAGCAGCAAUCAAAUGAACAUAGCAUUGUAGCGGAACGAGUUGAACAUACCCAGCAGCAAGAGUUUGUGAGCUACAUUUCAAAUAGGAGUGUUUUGUAGCGCAGUUAAAAGUCAGUUAUGAAGCUAUUUUCAGGUGGAUUUUCUUAAUGGAGGAAGCUGUGGAGCGUGCAGAGUUAAAAGAAGAGAAGGAGAAUAGUUUGCAGUCUCCUUUUUGAAGCAAAAGAAAAUAUUUGUGGGGUCUUUUGUUUAUAUAAUGGAAAAUUGGUGGAAAACCUAUUUUUCUAUGAUUAAUGUAUUGCUUUAUAGUGUUCUGUACUCAUACUUGUUGUAUGAAACUGUGCAGGCAGAGGCAUGAUUUUGUUUUUGAUCAAGUAAAAUGUCAAAAUAGCCCCUCAACUAUGUGAUUUUAAUGCCAGAGUUUAUAAAGUGCCGAAUUAA